UAUCAGACGGAAACGCAGGAACCUAUUCUCCAGGCAAAGCUUUAGUGAAAGCUGCGAAGCGAACGCAUUCUGAUGUUCUUGUGAUCAUCUCUUCCCCUCAAUCAAAUUAUCAUUCGGCGGCAGUCAUAGCAUGGAAAGCGAAAGGAGGUCCAAGGACGAGAAGAAAAGCCAGGAUGGGAGGACGAGGAAGAGGCAUAGGUCUGAGGAGGGCGAUGAAAAUGAAAGCAGAAAGAGCGACAAGAAAGAGAAAGGAAAGGAUAGGAAGUCCCACAAACACCGUUCCGAUAAAGAAAAGAAGUCUAGGGACAGCAAGGGUAAACAUAAGAGCAAAGAUCGGCACUCUCACUUGAAACAUGAUAUUCAGGAGCUGUCGAAUGAUGACUACUUCUUGAAGAAUAACGAGUUUGCCACCUGGCUAAAGGAAGAGAGAAAUGUUUUCUUCAGUGAUCUCUCUGCGGAGUCAGCUCGUGAACUUUUUUCAGAGUUCAUUAAGGAGUGGAACAGGGGGAAGCUUGAAUCUCGAUACUACGAGGGAAUUGCAAGCGGAAGACGAACAGCCCAUGAUUGGAAGAUCAAAGUGUAGUUGGAAAAAUUACAGGACUGGGGAUUGACCUUUUUAGAUGCAUUUACCCUGUUAUUUUCUCGCACUCCUUUUGUGCAAUAUGCUACAGGUAACUUGAAAGGUUUGUGUAUGAUAAACAGAAAGGACAAUUCUCAUUGCGUAUUAAUUUGCUUGCAAGGUGUAUAACACUUCCUAGAGAGUGACUGAAGAAGAGCACGGGAUGAAUUUGCAGUGGAGAUAUUGGUAUCUGCACAUUAGCUAUAAUCUGUAGAUCAUAUGGGAUUUCAGGGAGUCUGCUCGAAUCAUUCUUGCGGCUUCUUUUCUUGAUAGGAUGUCCUGUUACUAGGUGUUUUCCUGA